UACUUAAGAUCCCAUCUAGCGGUAGAAAAAUGAAUUACUUUGAGGGAUGAAAUUAGAAAAUUUUAAGGCCAAGGCUGUCACUAUCAGACAGACUUCAGAGUCUAUAUUUUCUAUGUUUAUUAAUUCCACAGGUUCAAUUUUUGAUCCACGAUUUAAGUGUGCUUGGAUAAAACAAGCUGGAUUGAAUGAAAAGGCAGUGUUAAAUGAAGUUUCUUCUGAAAUUAAAAUAAGAUGCGAUCUGUUGCGUUCUAGACAAGCAGCCAGCGUUUCUACGCCGAAUCAACAGGAUGAAGCUAGGGAUGAAGUUCAGCAAGACGCAGUAAAACCUUCAUCAACUCGCAAGAGAAGGUUAAGCCAGAGUUUAUAUUCAACAGUAAUUGAGCCACCAAAAUCUCGUUCCCUGAGUGGCCCGGCCAAAGUAUUGGAGGAGUUUGGGAUUUAUUUAAAAGAACCCAUCGUAGCUAUGGAAGUUCUAGUGAAUCCAGUGGAUCCCGACAGUGACCUUUGCGUCACUAAGCCCCUCGAGUAUUGGAAAUCUAAUCAGUGUCGUUUUCCAAUACUAAGCGAAAUCGGAAGAGAUGCUGUUAGCGUUGCAGCAUCAUCAGGAUCUGUUGAACGGGCUUUUAGUGUGGCUUCGGAUAUUUUAUCAGCAAAACGCGCCGCCAAAAUGAGUAUUAUUUUGGCUCGUGUCUUCUAGCAGAAAAAUUCAACUAGAUAUCGAUCAUCGCGACGGCUCUCAGAGACCCUUCGUGGUGAUUCCGAGCGAUGGCAGCCUACAGCGCGAUGCACUUUUUUGAACGGCGCGAUAAAUUUUCCGGUUCACACUCUCCACAGUGGAGUUUUCUGCAGCGCUGCCGUUUCAUUUGUGUUUUUCAUUCCUCAAUUUUUAUUAUGUAGUUUAUUGUUUAUUAUUUAUUUAUUCAUAUAAAUACAAUGUUUUUACCUAUUUUAAA